AUGUCCACGCUUAUUUUGCUUGCAUGCCACUCUGUGUUUACUGCUGGAGCAGAGAGAAAGGCCAGCACCACCAGGCUCGGGCCAAAUGAGGAAGGACCCGGAUUCAAACAGGAUGACUGGAUCCUGGCUCCAUUCCAGUACGAAGCCAACGACCAUCUUUCCUUUGUCGAGCACAUCCACAAGGGAAUCGAGUUGCUGGAGCAAAAUCCAAAGUCGAUUCUGGUUAUUUCGGGAGGAUACACCAAAAAGGGAAUCAAGCUGUCAGAAAGUGAAAGCUAUUUACAGGUAGCACGACUGAGAGGAUUGGUUACUCCAGAAAACCAAGAUAGAAUCAUCCUGGAAGAGUAUGCCCGGGACUCUUAUGAGAACCUACUUCUUGCGCUGGCAUUGUUCCGCAAAACCACGGGAAACUUCCCGGAGAAAGUCCAGAUCGUCAGCUUCGAGUUCAAACGCUAUAGAUUCUCCGAACUCCAUGCCAAGGCCCUGAAAUUGACAAACUCAGAGUUCAUUGGUGUGGGUCCAACUUAUCCAAGUGCACAGCAGCUGAAUCUCUCGGAUGGCGAAUGGGAAGCGAAAAAGAAAGCGUACUUUGAGGACUUGUACUUCAGUGAAAAGAAAUUCGCUACUGAUCUGUUUGAAAAAGACUGGUUUGGAUGCAUUGGGUCAAAACUAUAUGAUAAAAAGGUCUCAAGAGACGUUCUUGGACGCGGUAUUGGACAAGAAUUCUACCAUCAGGAAACGGAACCUGUUCUAAAUACGCUUCUGACCCUCGACGAGCAUCCUUUCGCAGAAGCCAAGGAAAUCUAUGACAAGUUGGGAGCUUUCCCUUGGUGA